AUGACUGAACUGACCGUGGGCUACGUUGCUGGUAUCAUUGCCUUUGGCAUCGUGAUCGCCCAACUGUUUUGUCCAACAGCCAUUACCCUAAUUAUUGCCGGCCAGCUGCGCGAUCGUGAGACAGCGGGGACAUGGACGACUGCAGGGCGGGUUCUUCAAAGCUCCCUUUGGCCUACCCUUCUCCGAGCCGACUCGACCCAACAAAAGGGUGUCCGCACGUCUAUUUCUUUGAUGACCUCGAUGGUACCGUUGCUGGCUUUGCUCAUCUCCCUUGCUGGUGUGAUCACUCCUCUGGGAUUGUAUGAACAGGAUGAAAAUGCCAGCGAAUCGAUCUCAGCAACCUUUCAGUACGUGAAAGACACGAGUACCUUCUUGCAAGGCACCUCACCGCGCGAUAACAAGACCUUCACACGGACUUGCAAUUAUUCACCAAUGUGCCUUGCUCCCUGUCCGUACACUUCUGAUGUCACCAUUAUUUCAUCCGACGGUCUCCAGUCUAACUGUUCAAUACUCUACGGCACAAAUACAACUGUGCCGAAUAUCCUCCACGACAUCUAUAUGAGCGGAACCAAGAAGCGUCGAACCACCAUCUCUAAUUACUUCGACAUCGAAUGGCGCCAGAUAACCGCACAGUAUAACAAAAACUACAACAACGGCACACCUAUUGCAGUUGGUGUCUUCCGUCCCCUGGAGUCGUUCGCAUUGAGAGAGGACAUUCGACCAGUUGAAGGUCUCAUAGUCGAUAGCGAAAAUGGUGGCGUUGGCCUAAGGAACCAUACAUUACCCGUCGGCCAUACGCAGGGCGCUACCUGGACCGAAGACCUGCUUUUCCUUGAGCCUGAGACGGAGUGCGUGAAUCUAAAUGUCUCUAUAGACUUUGAGAUCAGCACCAGCUCCAAGUCGAGCUCUGGUAUAGCCGUCACCAAGCUUUUCAUGACCGACCACGGUGGCUUGGUCCAUAUCAACAAGACCAACCCCGAGCAUGAUGCAGAGAACAACGGCAAUAAGCCAGAUCUGAAAACACGAGCAUAUCAAGCGGCCUGGUACACCAAUGGCAUCAAUAUGCUCUUUAUGAAUAUCUCGGACCCUACUGAUAAGAUCAAAGGGGUAAAGGCAUUCGACAGAAUUGACUCCAAGAUAGGUAAAAAGUGGAAGUUGCCUAUCACCGAGAUCUACCAUACAAACUACCAGUCGUUAGAAUUCUUCAACGAGUUUGGUAACAUGAUGGGUGUGGAUAAGUUGUCGAGUAACUUUUCAAAAACGGAACAAAUUUAUGAUAAUCCCUAUAAGAUCACGGCUGCAGACUAUGACGCUGCAAAAUUCAUUUGCCAAGCCACCACACUUAAUGCUCCUCCUAAGCUCAACAAUACAUAUGUAUCCUGCAGUCUAGUACGCGGUGUCCCCAACAGGGUUGAUGAUGGCCCUCCAAACCUGUUCGAAGAUGGCAGCAAAUGGUCUUCGCCCCUGUAUACAUGCGCUUCAGCUGUCAAGGCAACUGUCAAGGCAGUCACAUUCUUCCACAACGGUACUAGCGACAGUCUCGAACGAUUGACUAUCAAAGAGGUGAAGGAGAAGGAGUACAAGAACGUGGAUGACAUGCCGCUUUGGGGUGUUGAGGACUCGUCCCUGGGCCUCGCUCAGUUUCAACCAAUCUGGGGUAUAGUGGAUCCUGCGUUCAAAGACCUUCGCAACAUUAGCACUCUCCGAGCGCCAUCGCUAUAUAUGCUUGGAUCAUCCCAAGAGAAUUUGUUUGGAACGUCGGGCUUCAACCCUGGAUUCUCUGAGAUGAACAUACCUGGGUCAAUUGUACCUAUCUCUGCACUCGCGACUAUUGUCAAUAGCCGCGAUAGCUCAGAGCCAGUCAUUGACUUCACUGCCCAGCGAAGCAUGAGUUUGUGGCUGAAGUGGAAAAGGCUCUCUUCCUCUGAAGACUCGAUGCCUAUGGUCUUUAAGCUGCUCUGGAAUGACCUUGCGGCUUCCGCCUUGGUUGGGUCCAAGGGUGUACUCGGGGCCCGGAACGAGGACCCUGAUCAAGCAGCUCGAGUAGAAGUGAUACCGUCUGUUCGCAAGAUCAAGUACCACUGGGUUUUCGGCAUACCCGCAUUCAUCCUUAUCUUGGUUAUAGGCCUCAUUACUAUUGGUGUUACGGCAAUGGCUGCGGUAGGCAAAUCAAGCCCGGAUCUCCUUAGGCAUAGACUUAAGCAAGUAUCUAUUGGGCGACUCUUAACGUCGGUUUUCCAUACGGACUCAAGCAGUCUCAUCAUGUCACCAUCGGCGUGGAGCAAGGACAAUGGCAACAAGCACAUUGACAUGGCUGGUGCAUGCCCUAUCCCUGGAGGACCUCCCGUAACCAUCGUUAAUCAUCAAUCUCAACCUUUCAAUGCGCCGCCUGAGCAGUUCUACCAAGCGCAAGGUUACCCACUACAGGCCUUUACCAAGGUAUAA